AUGGCUGACGCACCGUCCCGCACUGCCCAUCCAACCCGAACUCGCCUGACAUCAGUUGACGUCUCCGACUCUGCCUCGACCGGGCUCGACCGGCGCUUCGCGACUCCUGAGUCCCUCCAAGGCAGGCAUUCCGAUUCGUAUCGCCUUUCGGCGCGCGUGCACUCCCUUUUUACGCACGGCCGGUCAGCAGUCGCCAUAGUGCCUCUCCUGUCUCUCCUGCCGCUCCCCAUCGUGCUCUGCGCGACACAUAUCAACUGGCUGAUCAGAGGGGGUCGACCGUGGCAGGCACUGAUCUCUCUUGAUCCGCGUCGCAGACACGUUCGACGUUCGUGGUGGCACACUGGCGGCACGCGGCCGGGCAGGGCCUCUGAUCUCGGGCGACGGAUUUCAACUCGACGCGGUCACGACUUUUGGAGCGGGAGACGUACGCGCUUCGCGCAGCUUCGCGAGACGUCCUGUAUGUUCUUCUGGUGUGGGGCCCCGCAUUCGGUCGAUCGGAAGCGUCAUCAUCGACGAAACGAUGACGGCAGGUUGGCUGCUGCGACACAGGGGCUCCCAUACCAUAUCCGGACGCUGGGGCAGCAUCGGAAUACGGAACUGACCCGGAUGGGCUUCGGGCGGACUCACGUAGGCUCACGUCGCUCGUCGUCGAUGCCUGUACGGAUGCCGAGACGCGAUAAGUGUCGGCGGUUGGUACCAGGACUAUGUAAGGUCUCCGUGCGCCCGUCCAAAACGAGCACUGAAUUGGGAUGCGUAAAGUGCGGCACGCGUCCGCCCGUCAUCACCAGAUCGCUCGCGCGCGGCAGAUCCGUUUUCGCCCCAUCAUAUCUACGGGUUGGCAGGCACGGGACCAGAUUGGGUGACCUUCCUGGCCUGCGCGCUCGGGUGACGGUGACGGUGGGAAGUCGAGUCAGGUCGGCGUCACUCGGGCGCAGGCUCGCAGGCUCGCAGGCCUGGAGGCAUCUCCGCGGUGGUACCGUAAUUCGUUACGAUGAUGCGCGCUAA